CCAUUGUGGAAAGACCUCUCCAGCAAUGAUUACUUCAGAGUUACCAGUGUUACAGGAUUCAACUAAUGAAACUACUGCUCAUUCUGAUGCUGGCAGUGAACUUGAAGAAACAGAGGUCAAAGGAAAAAGAAAAAGGGGUCGUCCUGGCCGUCCUCCAUCUACAAAUAAGAAACCUCGCAAAUCUCCAGGAGAGAAGAGUAGAAUUGAAGCUGGAGUUAGAGGAACAGGCCGUGGAAGAGCUAAUGGGCACCCUCAACAGAAUGGUGAAGGGGAACCUGUCACCUUAUUUGAAGUGGUGAAACUGGGGAAAAGUGCAAUGCAGUCCGUGGUGGAUGACUGGAUUGAAUCAUAUAAACAAGACAGAGACAUUGCACUUCUGGAUUUGAUCAACUUUUUUAUCCAGUGUUCAGGAUGUCGAGGUACUGUAAGAAUAGAGAUGUUUCGAAAUAUGCAGAAUGCAGAAAUCAUCAGAAAAAUGACAGAAGAAUUUGAUGAGGACAGUGGUGAUUAUCCCCUUACCAUGCCUGGACCUCAGUGGAAAAAAUUUCGCUCAAACUUUUGUGAAUUUAUUGGUGUUCUGAUUCGACAGUGUCAGUAUAGCAUAAUUUAUGAUGAGUAUAUGAUGGACACAGUAAUCUCCCUUUUGACUGGUUUAUCAGACUCCCAGGUCAGAGCUUUUAGGCAUACAAGUACCCUUGCUGCCAUGAAGCUCAUGACUGCUCUGGUGAAUGUUGCCUUAAACCUCAGUAUUCAUCAGGAUAAUACACAGAGACAAUAUGAAGCUGAGAGAAAUAAAAUGAUUGGGAAGAGGGCCAAUGAAAGGUUGGAGUUAUUACUUCAGAAACGCAAAGAGCUACAAGAAAAUCAGGAUGAAAUCGAAAAUAUGAUGAACUCUAUUUUAGGGUAUAUUGUUCAUAGAUACCGUGAUGCUAUUGCUGAGAUUAGAGCCAUUUGUAUUGAAGAAAUUGGAGUAUGGAUGAAAAUGUAUAGUGAUGCCUUCCUAAAUGACAGUUACCUAAAAUAUGUUGGUUGGACUCUUCAUGACAGGCAAGGAGAAGUCAGGCUGAAGUGUUUGAAAGCUCUACAGAGUCUGUAUACCAAUAGAGAAUUAUUCCCUAAAUUGGAGCUAUUCACAAACCGAUUCAAGGAUCGCAUUGUAUCAAUGACACUUGAUAAAGAAUAUGAUGUUGCUGUGGAAGCUAUUCGAUUGGUUACUCUGAUACUUCAUGGAAGUGAAGAAGCUCUUUCCAAUGAAGACUGUGAAAAUGUUUACCACUUGGUAUACUCAGCACAUCGACCUGUUGCUGUGGCAGCUGGAGAAUUCCUUCAUAAAAAGCUUUUUAGCAGACAUGACCCACAAGCAGAAGAAGCAUUAGCAAAGAGGAGGGGAAGGAACAGUCCGAAUGGAAACCUCAUUAGGAUGCUGGUUCUUUUCUUUCUUGAAAGUGAGUUGCAUGAACAUGCAGCCUACUUGGUGGACAGUUUGUGGGAGAGCUCUCAAGAACUGUUGAAAGACUGGGAAUGUAUGACAGAGUUGCUAUUAGAAGAACCUGUUCAAGGAGAGGAAGCAAUGUCUGACCGUCAAGAGAGCGCUCUUAUAGAGCUAAUGGUUUGUACAAUUCGUCAAGCUGCUGAGGCACAUCCUCCAGUGGGAAGGGGUACUGGCAAGAGAGUGCUAACUGCCAAAGAAAGGAAAACUCAAAUUGAUGAUAGAAACAAAUUGACUGAGCAUUUUAUUAUCACACUUCCUAUGUUGCUAUCAAAGUAUUCUGCAGAUGCAGAGAAGGUAGCAAACUUGCUACAAAUUCCACAGUAUUUUGAUCUAGAAAUUUAUAGCACAGGUAGAAUGGAAAAGCAUCUGGAUGCUUUGUUAAAACAGAUUAAGUUUGUUGUGGAGAAACACGUAGAAUCAGAUGUUCUAGAAGCCUGCAGUAAAACCUACAGUAUAUUAUGCAGUGAAGAAUAUACCAUCCAGAACAGAGUUGACAUCGCUCGAAGUCAGCUGAUUGAUGAGUUUGUAGAUCGAUUCAAUCAUUCUGUGGAAGAUCUGUUGCAAGAGGGAGAAGAAGCUGAUGAUGAUGAUAUUUAUAAUGUUCUUUCUACAUUAAAACGGUUAACUUCUUUUCACAAUGCUCAUGACCUUACAAAAUGGGAUCUGUUUGGUAAUUGCUACAGAUUAUUGAAGACUGGAAUUGAACACGGAGCUAUGCCAGAACAGAUAGUCGUACAGGCACUGCAAUGUUCCCAUUACUCGAUUCUUUGGCAGUUGGUGAAAAUUACUGAUGGUUCUCCUUCCAAAGAAGAUUUGUUGGUGUUGAGGAAAACAGUGAAGUCCUUUUUGGCUGUUUGCCAACAGUGCCUAUCUAAUGUUAAUACUCCAGUGAAGGAGCAGGCUUUCAUGUUACUCUGUGAUCUUUUGAUGAUUUUUAGCCACCAAUUAAUGACAGGUGGCAGGGAGGGCCUUCAGCCUUUGGUGUUUAAUCCAGAUACUGGACUCCAGUCUGAACUCCUCAGUUUUGUGAUGGAUCAUGUUUUCAUUGACCAAGACGAAGAGAACCAGAGCAUGGAGGGUGAUGAAGAAGAUGAAGCUAAUAAAAUUGAGGCCUUACAUAAAAGAAGAAACCUACUUGCUGCCUUCAGCAAACUUAUCAUUUAUGAUAUUGUUGACAUGCAUGCAGCUGCAGACAUCUUUAAACACUACAUGAAGUAUUACAAUGACUAUGGUGAUAUUAUUAAGGAAACACUGAGUAAAACCAGGCAGAUUGAUAAAAUUCAGUGUGCCAAGACCCUCAUUCUCAGUUUACAGCAGUUGUUUAAUGAGCUUGUUCAAGAGCAAGGUCCCAACCUAGAUAGGACAUCUGCCCAUGUGAGUGGCAUUAAAGAAUUGGCACGUCGCUUUGCCCUUACAUUUGGACUGGACCAAAUCAAGACACGAGAAGCAGUUGCCACACUUCACAAGGAUGGCAUAGAAUUUGCCUUUAAAUACCAAAAUCAGAAAGGACAAGAAUAUCCACCUCCUAAUCUGGCUUUCCUGGAAGUACUAAGUGAAUUUUCUUCUAAACUUCUUCGCCAGGACAAAAAGACUGUUCAUUCAUACCUAGAAAAAUUCCUUACGGAGCAGAUGAUGGAAAGGAGGGAAGAUGUAUGGCUUCCACUCAUCUCCUAUAGAAAUUCAUUAGUCACCGGAGGUGAAGAUGAUAGAAUGUCUGUGAACAGUGGAAGUAGCAGCAGCAAAACCUCCUCAGUAAGGAAUAAGAAAGGACGACCCCCACUUCACAAAAAACGAGUAGAAGAUGAAAGUCUGGAUAAUACGUGGCUAAAUAGGACUGACACCAUGAUCCAGACUCCUGGCCCCCUGCCAGCACCACAGCUCACUUCCACUGUCUUGCGGGAGAAUAGCCGGCCCAUGGGAGAGCAGAUUCAAGAACCUGAGUCUGAACAUGGUUCUGAACCCGACUUUUUACACAAUCCUCAGAUGCAGAUCUCUUGGUUAGGCCAGCCAAAAUUAGAAGACUUAAAUCGGAAGGACAGAACAGGAAUGAACUACAUGAAAGUGAGAACUGGAGUAAGGCAUGCCGUUCGGGGCCUAAUGGAGGAAGAUGCUGAGCCCAUCUUUGAAGAUGUGAUGAUGUCAUCCCGGAGCCAGUUAGAAGAUAUGAAUGAAGAGUUUGAAGAUACCAUGGUUAUUGAUCUGCCCCCAUCAAGAAAUCGGCGAGAGAGAGCUGAACUGAGGCCAGAUUUCUUUGAUUCUGCAGCUAUCAUAGAAGACGAUUCAGGAUUUGGAAUGCCUAUGUUCUGAAGUCUGAAGAAAAUUUACAAAUCUGGAACUCUAUUAUUUAGAGCUAGAGGCCUAUAUACUGUGAUAGCUUGUAUGGGGACAAAACACUUUUGAUGUGAUCUGAUUUGUUUUUUAAUCAAAUGAUUACAGUCAAUCCCCUUUUGCAGUGACAGAAGAGGAGCAUGUAAAUUACCCAAGGGAAUGUUGGUGAAUCUCACCUCAGAAAGACUGACCUGAAAAAUCAUUUGUGUCCUAAUAUUGGACUACACCAAUACAGAUGUGUGUUUUUCUGGAGGGAGGAAGAAAUUUUAAAUUUUUAAAACAGCUGUCAAGAUAAACACUGUUAUACAUCUGUUUUAUGAAAACUCAGCAUUGAGUAAAAAAAAAAAUAUUUUUAACUUUAUUUUCCUGUUGUACAAUUUAAAAACCGUUUUAACAUUUUGCCUUUUUAUGUUUUAAAAGCUAACCAUUUUUAUUAAACCUAUGGGUAAGCAGCUCAUUUUAAUUGCCGAAGAGUGUUUUGGAGCUCACUGGAUUUGGUUGACCUUGUGGAAUAUAAAAAUAUGGAAGAGCAGAAUGAAUACUGACAAGCUAAGAUGAAAUUCUGACAGUGCAUCUCUGCCAAAAACCACACACCCGAUAUGGAUAUGGAUUCCCAGAUUUUAUAUACUCUUGAAUAAAAAGGUUUAUUUUUAUUUAUAAGGGGGCAUAAAAUAAGAAAUGUCCAUGCAGCCAUUUUUCCAACAGAUGGUGUAUACCGUUCAUUUUAUAUAGCAUAGGGAAAUUCAAAUACAGUACAUUUUCUAUUGGUAUUUGUUCUGUGCGUUUUUAGCAACUUAUACCAGCAAAUAAAGUAUUCUCAGUAAAACAAAAAUGGUUCUCAAGUUAUCAGUUUGCUGUUUUUACCACUUAUUUCAUGCCCUGCCAAAUUCAAGUUACAUCAUUUUCUUAAAAGAUAAUCAUAAAAAACUCCUUUGCCAUGCAAAAGUAAUUUUAAAUGUAACAUAACUGUGUCUACUUCCAUGCACUUAAUACCUUUAUGCGCUAAUUUUGUGAAUUAAGUUUACCAAUUAUAGAAGUAUGUGCUGCAUAGAAGUCUGUGCUUAGAGGGUGAAGUUCCUAAGCUUACCUUGAAAUACAGCUACAUUUCAGUGUUAAAUGUGCAUAUUAAGAAUAAUUGUUUGGGGGGAAAAAUUAUGAAUCUUCAGGACUGCCUUCAAUGGUUUAGAGUUACAGUCUGCUUAGACCUUUGACUUGCUGCUAUUGUUUUUUUAAAAGCCCACUUAGUUUCUUCCUUUCUGAUUUUUAAAGUAAGCCUCAGAAUUUCCAAACCAAUCCAUCCACAGCUGUUCCUGGGCUGGUUUUUAAAGUAGCUGCAACAGAAUCAUGAGGCUUUCCCUUUUUACCAAAAAUGAAAAGUCUUUUUAUUUUU